AUGUUCUAUGAUAUCUUCACAGGGGGUUUUUAUCAGGAUGAAAUGGGACAAGAUGAUUGCAAAAGAUGCAGCAUUGGUACAUUUGUUUCUGAACAGCGAAGUCCUGGGACUACAGCUGCCGACUGCGUGGCAUGUCCAUACGGUACGCUUUCUGACGAGACUGCCGAACACCGUGCAUGCAGAUGCCUACGCAACUUCUAUCGGUUGGAUCGCUUUGGCCCGUGCACAGCAUGUCCGCCAAACGGUUUUGUUUGUGAGAAAGAUACAGCAAUACUUGCUCCUAACUACUUCUGGAAAUGGACAGACCAUUCUAAAAAAGAACAUUUCAAGGGUUUUGUUAACAAUAUUCAUUCUUUUGGACCACACUACGACAAGUCAUAUUCCACGUUCGAUGCUUCACUUCCGAAGCCACUCAAAUGUCCCCAUGCAAAGUCCUGCAAGGGUGGAAUUGAUUCAGAUUGCCAUCAAGGAUAUCAAGGGAAUUUGUGUGCAACCUGCUCUGAAAGCUUCUAUUUUCGCUUCAACUCUUGUUUGAAAUGUCCCCGGUUAGCUGUAACAAUAUCUUCAUCCAUCUUGGUAAUUGUUCUUUUUGUUGCUGUGUUUCUAAUGGUUCUUUGGGGUGACUCCAAACGUGCAGACAAUAACCGGACAGUUGCAGAUGUCGUCAUGUCGUGCUUUAAGAUUGUGAUUGGUUUUUAUCAAGUCAUUGCCGGUAUUUUCUCGGCAUUGGCUAAAGUUCAAUGGCCAGUCGUUUUGAUCUCAACGGAGAAGGUUCUAAAAGUGUUUGAAGGGAACAUCUUGCAGUUUGCCCCUCUUAGUUGCAUUCAUACUUCUCUACGGCUUGAUGAGCUUGGAAAGUUCACGAUGAUUGUUGUCAUGAAUGUCUUACUCAUUGGCUUGAUUUUCUUAUAUUUAUUUCUUAAAAAACGCUACAUCAUGAAUAAGAAGGACCUUGGUGAAGACCGGAAAGUAACGAAAGUUAAGAGUUUGAAAAAAUCUUGCUAUCGGAACAUUUUCCUAUUAUUGUUGACGACCUACCCCACGACGAGCAAAUCGAUAAUUCAGAUUCUACCUCUUCCCGGUGCUUGUAUAGAAACAUGUUUCACAGACAAAAAGAACGACUGUAUCUCCCUACUGAGAGCUGAUUACUCCAUCAAGUGUUUCACUCAUCGCCACAGGUUGUUUUGGCUCAUGGCUUCUAUUUUGGCAUUAUAUCCCGUGGGAUUUCCACUUCUGGUUCUGUUUCUCACCUACAAAUAUCGUGAAUCCCAGGAAUACGAAGCCAUUUCUUUCGGACUCAGAGUGUUCUUUGAAAACUACAAGAAUGAAUUUUGGUUCUGGGAAAUCACAGAGAUGUAUCGCAAGCUCAUUUUAACCUCAUUGAUUUUUCUUUUUGGAUCAAAGAGCCUUUCUCAAAUCGGUCUCACAGUUCUGACAGUCAGCGUCUUUGGAGUGGUCUACACCUUAUUCCGACCAAUCAAGGACAAGUUUGAAGAUUGCUUACAAACAUUUGUUCUUUGGAUAAUUUUCUUUGACGUUUGUCUUGGUGCAGUUUACACAAACUGGGAUGAGAGUCAAGGAGAAGGCAAGAACGAUUCCACCUUUGUAAAUGUCGUGUUCGUGGUCCUUAACGCCUCUGUAUUGUUGCUUGCCAUUGGAAACGGAAUUCUACAUGUGAAGUCAAUUUGGCAGUACGUUACCUUCAACCCGAUCCGAUGUUUCAGCUUCCUUCGUCAGGGAGUAUCACGUCUCAAGAAUAGAGUGGUCACAAGAACAGGAACACCCGAGGAACGUUCACACUUGAUUGAAGAAAGCAACUGAAGAACUUCCCCGAAAUAUUUGUCUUAGAACUUUUUGACUAUGCCUCAUGAAUAUCUUGCUCUAGGUGGCUUAAACGCCUAGAGCUUUCGUUGAAAUCUCUCUGGCUGUUGUGAGACUUCUGGGUGACAUUUCAUUGCAACUAAAGGCACUAGCGACUCCCGCAAAGGCUGUGUUCUUCAAAAUGUAAUGCAUAAUGUUUUUGAUCUCAGAUUUUAAG